UGGGGGCGGAGAAGCCGAGGGCGGCUGGGAAAUGAUGGCUGAUGAAGAGGGAGAAGUCAAGGAGGUCUUGCAGAAAUUGCAGGAACUGGUGGAUCAGCUUUAUACAUUUCGAGAGUGCUAUUUCGAGACACAUAGUGUUGAGGAUGCUGGGAGGAAACAACAGGAUGUGCGGAAAGAGAUGGAGAAGACCCUGCAGCAAAUGGAGGAAGUAGUAGGUUCUAUCCAGGGCAAUGCACAGGUUCUGAUGCUAACUGGGAAGGCACUGAAUGUGACUCCUGACUAUAGCCCUAAGGCUGAGGAGCUUCUGUCAAAGGCUGUGAAGCUGGAGCCCAAGCUGGUGGAAGCCUGGAACCAGUUGGGUGAGGUGUAUUGGAAGAAAGGGGAUGUCGCAGCUGCCCACACCUGCUUCUCAGGAGCCCUCACCCAUUGCAAGAACAAAGUCUCCCUUCAAAACCUGUCAAUGGUGCUUCGUCAGCUGCGGACUGACUCUGGAGAUGAACAUUCUCGCCAUGUCAUGGACAGUGUCCGGCAGGCUAAGUUGGCUGUGCAGAUGGACAUCCUUGAUGGCCGCUCCUGGUAUAUUCUGGGGAAUGCAUACCUUUCUCUUUACUUCAAUACUGGCCAGAACCCUAAGAUCUCCCAGCAAGCCCUCAGUGCCUAUGCCCAAGCAGAGAAGGUUGACAGGACAGCUUCCAGCAAUCCUGAUCUUCAUCUGAAUAGGGCAACGCUACAUAAAUAUGAAGAGAAUUAUGGGGAGGCUUUGGAGGGCUUCUUUCGGGCUGCAGCACUGGAUCCUGCCUGGCCAGAGCCCCGGCAACGAGAGCAGCAACUCCUGGAUUUCCUAAACAGAUUAACCAGCCUCCUUGAGAGCAAGGGAAAAGUGAAGACCAAAAAGUUACAGAGCAUGCUGGGAAGCUUGCGCCCAGCCCAUCUAGGCCCUUGUGGUGACGGGCGCUAUCAGUCAGCCUCUGGGCAGAAGGUGACCCUGGAGCGCAAGCCACUGAGUGCUCUGCAGCCUGGUGUAAACAGUGGAGCUGUGGUCCUGGGAAAGGUGGUGUUCAGCCUCACCACGGAGGAGAAGGUCCCCUUUACAUUUGGCCUGGUAGAUUCAGAUGGACCUUGCUGUGCAGUGAUGGUGUAUAAUAUGGUGCAGAGUUGGGGAGUGCUCAUUGGGGACUCUGUAGCCAUCCCCGAACCUAACCUUCGGCUUCAUCGAAUUCAGCACAAGGGAAAGGACUAUUCCUUUUCCAGUGUUCGUGUGGAGACGCCCCUCCUGUUAGUGGUGAAUGGGAAGCCUCAGGGCUCCAGCAGCCAGGCUGCUGCCACAGUGGCAUCUCGGCCACAGUGUGAUUAGGUCCCAUUGGUUUAUUUUUGCUUUUAUUUCUAUUGCUUUG